AUGGACGAGAUGAGGAGCAAGCUGGACGAGAAGCAGAAGGAGCGGCAGAAGCUGCAGCACGAGGCCGACGCUGCGACGCAGGAGAGCUCGAAGCACUCGCUGUACUUCGGGCAAAUCCUCAUGUCUGUCGAGAACAUCCACAUUCGCUGCAAAGAGCAGGGGAAGGGUAUCCAGCACAACGUCACCCAUAUAGAGGAUGAGGCUGGCGGCCCCCUUCAAGGCGGCGGCGCGCGGGGCGCGGACCCGCAGCAGGAGGAGCCCGAGGACUCCUUCCGGAGAAAGAAGGACGAGGCCUGCAGGCAGCUCAAGAUCAUCCUGAAUUACCUGAAAGAUUUCAAGGACAUUACCGAUCAGCUCAAGAAGGGUUCGAAGGCCUUGGACCCCCUGAAGCAGCGGCAGGCGAUGCUGUCGGAGGCCCCGACGUUCUCGGGCGAGGACGUGAAGUUUAUCACCGGGGAGCCGCUCUGGCUGUGGACUUUCCGGCUGCACACGCAGGGCUCUGCCUGGUUCCAGUACGGGGCCCAGGCCUAUGGCGUGGCGCCCUCGGUGGUUAUCCGCACUCAGUCUGCUAUAUGGGCGGUCCUCGGGGGGCCCAAGGAAGGCUCGUGUGUGACCACGUACCUUGCUCUGAAGUUAGGCCAGUCCAUGCCUGCAGUGGAGCUUGUGCUGCGCCACUUCGUGAGCUUUUCCGAGCUCACCGCCGCAUGGAAGAACAUCCAUGCGUCCAGAAGAGCAUGGAAACUCAACCCAGCCGUGUAA